AUGAAAGCAGCACUGAACUACCAGGAAUCCGAUGUUGAAGAAGCCGGAAGCGACGAAGAGUUCAAAGCAGAUGCAAACGAGUCCGAUGCAGCCGAAGAGCCAGAUGAUGCUGAAGCAAGUGAGUCAGGUGACGAGUAUGGCUCGGACGAAGAGGUAUUGAAGAAGAAGGGCUGGAUCAAAAAGAAGGGAAAAGAAGGGAGAGUGGAGAUGGUGAUUGAGCUUCCUGGAAUCAAGGAUCCUGGGGACACACCGUAUGAGGAUGAGAAGAUCCAUCCGAAUACGCUGGACUUUUUGAGGGAUUUGAAGAAGAAUAAUCGGAGGGAGUGGUUGAAGUUUCAUGAUGCGCCUUAUCGGCAAGCGGAGAAGGACUUCCAGACUUUUGUCAGCAAACUGUCAGAGAUUGUGUGCGACAAGGAUUCUACGAUCCCCGAACUGCCGAUCAAGGACAUUAUCUAUCGGAUUUACCGCGACAUGCGCUUUUCUUCCGACCCAACGCCGUACAAGCCGUACUUCUCCGUGACGUGGUCCAGAACUGGGAGGAAGGGUCCUUACGCCCAUUACUAUCUACAUAUCCAGCCUGAUGGUGGGAGCUUCUUUGGUGGUGGAUAUUAUGCAUGUGACAACGAGACGUUAGCCUGCCUGAGAGAGGACAUAGAUACGCAGCCUUAUCAAUUCAAAUCGAUCUUGACGGAAGAACACCUUCGCACGACCUUCUUUCCUGGCAUCAAGAAAGACGAGAAAAAGGUCGUCGCAGCCUUUUGCAAGAUGAGCGCGGACAAUGCGUUGAAGACGAAGCCGAAAGGCUAUGGUGCCGAUCAUAAAGAUAUUGCCUUGUUGAAGCUUCGAAACUUCGUACUGCGGAGGAAUAUCUCGGACGAAGAGAUCACGUCUGAGAACGGACUCAACAUCGUGGGAGAUAUUGUGGAAGCUAUUGAGCCAUUUAUCACAUAUCUGAACAAUACAGUCAUGCCUGACAGAUGA